AUGAUUUUUUACCAACUUCAUCAUGCCUUCAGAAGUGACAUUUCUCCAAAGGGCUCAAUUUGGGACACUUCCAUAGCAAGAAACCGAAGUUUAUCUCGGAAGCGAGAGUCGCACAAGUGCAGACGCGGCCUCAUUACGCGACACAGAUCCCUCAACUGUGUGCUCGCGCAAUGUAUGUGCGCUUGA